AUGCAUCUUUUUAAAGUGUGGACAAAAGGAGGGGAACAAAAGGCCUUUAUAACAAUUGCGGAAAAUGAAAAUAUAUACAAGAAUUUAAUAUUACAAGCAUCUAAGAAAUUAGGCAUAAAUGGAUAUAGUCUAGUUUUACAAUCUGACGGAACACCAGUAACCGAAGAUGAGGUGUUAUUAUUAAUUAAAAAAGAGACAUUAAUCCUUUUAGAAAAAGACGAAGUUUAUGGGUCUCAAACAUCUGACUUAUGUGCUAUCAGCACUAUUGAAAACUCCGGCAUAAUUAAUGUAUCCGACAAUUAUUGUAUAAACCCAGAUUUCAACAUAAACAUGAACAGCCAGAAUAAGGAAAAUAUGGCAAAUAUUUCAAAUGAAGAACAAAAUGAGCCUAUUAUCCAAGUAAUUGGUAUCAGUCAUGAGGAAGACUUUAAUUGGAUUGAUUAUAAAGUUCCCUGGGAUAAAGUUCCUCUCGAUAUGUUGAAAACAUGUGAAGAAGGUGUUACAAAUAAAAGCGUCAUUACUGAGAUCUGUCACAUAAUUGUUAACGAUAUUAGACAAAUUAAAAAAAAUGUUCCGACUCAAGUACUCAAAAAGAUUGCUUCUGAAAUGAUACUCAAGUACCCUAAAACAUUUAUGGACAAAGAUGAAGACGGACACAUUUUGGGAGAUGGUUCUUGUACAAUGUUCCAUAAACUUCGAGAACGCUGCUGUUAUUUAAAACGGAUAGAAAGCAAACGGUCUGCAGAAAAGUCGGGAACAAUUCAAUCUAAAGAACGGAAAUUGCAUGUAAUGGCGGGUUGUUCCAAUUAUGAAAAUUUACCACCUCAUACAUCUACAUCAACAACGAAUGAAGAUAAUUGCGAAGAAACUUAUGAUGAAGAGUCUUUUCAAAAUAUGAUGGAAAGACAUUACAUAGAGCAACGCAAAUUCUUAGAGAAUUUUCAAAAUCCACCCUCUUUAAAUGAUAUAAAAGAGAAAUUUCCAAUUCUUUUUCAACUAAAAAGUAUUAUCUUUCACUUCAAUAAACUCACAUCUAAAAAAUUAGAAGAUUUACCGAGAAUUAUGGAAGAAAAGUCUAUAAAAAUAGUGGAAUACGCAAUUCAGAACAAGUUUUUAAAAUUAAAUAAUAAUGAAGACUAUUGUAUUCAGUCAUUGAGAUUUUUUACUCUAUAUUUCAAAGAGGAUUUUGGAAAAAUAUUUUAUAAAAUUAAGGAUGAUAAUAUUAAUAUAGCCGAAAAACUUCAAAUAAAUGCUCCCUGUAUUGUCGCAAUUGUAUCAUUUUAA